AUAUAAUAAACACUUAAUAAAUGCUUGUUUCCUUCCUUCUUCGAGCGGAUAGAGAAGUGCUGCCUAUUAUUUUAGGUGUUUCCUAUAAAAAUGAGUGACCAAUAUUUAGAACAAAGGAUUAGUAUCAAGUUUUGUGUGAAAUUAAACAAAUCUGCAAGUGAGACACUUGACAUGUUAAAAGAAGCUUACGGAGAUGAAGUAAUGUCAAGAGCAAGGGUUUUUGAUUGGCAUAAAAGGUUUAAAGGAGGUAGGGAAGAUGUGCGGGAUGAUGCAUGAAGUGGUUGUCCUGUCACUCACAGGACCAAAGAAAAUAUCCAAAAAGUCAGAGAUUUGAUGCAUUCAAAUUGCUGCUUAACUGUAAAAAUGAUGGCUGAAGAGUUACAGUUGGAUAAGGAAACAGUCAGACUCAUUCUGAAAGAAAACUUGAAGAAAGUGUCUGCAAAGAUUGUGCCAGACGCUUUGAGGGAUGAACAAAAGCAGCAAAAGCCUGACAUUUCUUCUGAGAACUCAGGGGAAGCUGGACAAAAUGAGGUAUUGUUGAGAAAGUAUGUCUGCACGGUCAAUAAAUUCUGAACUACAAGUGAUUCUUUACCCCAUCUUUCAUGAUUUUAUGUGACUUAAGGGAAUGAAAGCAUAACAUCCUGCUUCCCCGUAAGCUCUCUGGCAGCGAUGUUGGCACCAAUUAAAGCUGAGUCUGUGUAAUUAAUCAAAACCAAUUUGGAAACACUAGUGAUUGGCUGGUCUGUUGUGCUGCCUGCUGCACAUACAGUAGUUCUUCUGAUUAGUCGAGGAGACAGUCUUCCGCUACCUGCCGCGGGAAGGCUGUUGGCCGUUGACGGGACUCGGUCCAGACCUCUGGGAAAAACGAAUCCAUUCGACCGUUCGGCAGCGAACUGCCCCGCUUUCCUUCACCCUCCGCCCCCUCUGGGGGCUAGACCGCUGAACCUCCGACUCGGACCUACCUACGCCAUCUCGACCACUACGUGUGACGGCACACGUAGCCGCGAGCGCAAUUGA